GAGGAGGCAGCACGAAAGCAAAUUCGCUGGCUUAGCUGUAUGUUUGAUGCUUCUACCUUCGUGUCACGUAUUGGAAGGGGCACACACGAAAGCGGUUGUGUUCCCUCGAAUAGUGGAAGAACGAGGCGAUGCCGAUGAGCUAGUCAUCGCCCUAAGUCCCGGCCGUGAGCUGACUUUAACCAAAGCGUCUGUGCUAAACGAGCGAUUGGAAGUGACAACGUUUGAAAGCGACAUGGAACUUGUUCACUACAUGAAUGGUUUAAGACUUGAUGAAGAUCUCUAUCACAAUCCCGAAGCACACUCUGUUGUCCACCUCACGCGUGGGCCGAGACUCACACUCGUCGGAAUAUUGAGUCCCACAGAACGUAUACAGCCUUCAGCCGUCGACACAUAUGAUGAAAGAGGUGCCAUGAGCCACGAAAUUCUACCUCUCGCAAAGAGCACCGUUGAUGAUCAAUAUGAAGUGCAUGACCCUUCGGUAGGCAUGGACAACGAUGUCUCGGAGGGAGAAUUAAAGAGGCCCGAAUCAAGAUCGGGAGGAAGCACAUACCCUCUAAAAGUCACCUGUGAAACAGGCAUUGCUGUUGAUUCGACAUUCUGGUCAGCCUUCAAAAGAAAAAAGCAACAACUUGUGCGAUACUUGGCUGUCCACAUAGCAUUCGCCAACGUGAAGUUUAGCACAUUAGAAGCCAGCAUAAUUCAGCUCAAGCUAUCGGUCACUCGAAUCUUCAUUUACACGAAAACAACGGAAAAAUUUGUCCGUACUUGGAAUGGCAAUGACAGUAUCAUUCUUGACAGCUCACUGCGUGCAUUCAGUAACGUCACACGUAGCAACAACUUCAAGGAGGACGAUAUUGUGGUAUUAUUUACGAGGCGGGACUUGUCCGUUCAAUCUACCGCUUCCGCAAGUCUUCGGAGUGAUAUUAUUGGUCUUGCGGUAGUCAAAGGGGCCUGCGGUUGGUCGAAGACGGCGAUUGUGGAAGACCAGUCGCUGACGUACAGCAGCGUUCAUACCACUGUGCACGAGAUCGGGCACUUACUCGGCUCAUACCAUGACGGCUCCCAACUUUCUGUAAGAAAACCAAAUGACGUAGACCCCAGCAUGUGCUCUUCGCAAGAGAAGCACAUUAUGACACCAAUCAUGGGCACGGAAAUGCGGGCGAACUUCUCCAAUUGCAGUACCCUCCAAUUUGCAAAGUUUGUGCUGAGCCCAGCCGCCAAAUGCCUAACCAUCACAACUGUGAGGAAAACAAGAAAAGUUUAUUACGACGAUGUCAAUAAAACUAGACCGACACUCAAUGAAUUUUGCCAACGCCACCACCAGAAAGACGCCUUUUACAAAAAACCUCCGGACAGUCUCCCACAAUACAAGCUAGAAAAUUGCAUGAUUACUUGUAGUUACCCAGCGAUACCUGGAAGGCUAACGAUCGACGAUGCCCCGGACGGUCUUCUGUGCGAAUUGGGCACCUCGCGCAGGAUCUGCAUAAACAGAAAAUGUAUUUUGCUCAAGGAACGACCUAUGGAUACAUUUCAAAAUAGUUUGACUGUGUCCGUCUUGUGAAGUAACUAAAUUGAAAGAAAUGGGCA